GUCAGCUCAGUUUUCUCUUGUGAUGUACACCCCUCCCUUUCCUUCUUCUCUGGGACCCCACACUGAAGGAGAAGGCGAGAAGCCGAGCAGGGAACAUGAGGAAGGGGAGCAGCUGAGGAGGGAGCCCCAAACAAAAGAGAAUGCCCAGGACACAGGAGACCUCCCUGUGAUAUCGCAGACCACCAGGACAUCACCCUCCAUUCAUCACACAUCAGAGACCCCCGGAAGCCACAACAAUGGGACAAUUUCCUACGAGAUACGGACAGGAAGAAAAGUUACACCAGCUGUUGUCUACGUAUGAGAUGAGUGACCUGAGAAAUGUCUAUCAAUAUCUCACCAAUGACCUCGUCUAUAUUGUCCAGUCUUUGGAAACGGAGUUCCUCCUAAAAGAAAUGGCUUCUUGGAAUGUCCUUAAAGUCCAGAAGUACGAGGAGCUGAGAAAAGAUCUGGACUCGUUUGCUUUUUCCGAGAAGAUGGUACAAGAUAUUUUGGAUCAAGGUCGAGAGGCCAUUUUAGCCUUUUGGGAAUGUCUCUACGAGAUUUAUUGCUUGAACGCAUGUUCUAAUUUGUCAUGUCUCGUGUAUGAGCUAGGACAUUCUGGUGACACUUUGAUGCAGCAAAUCCAACAGGAUAAACAUGGACAUUCUUUAUCGUCAGAGUUAAAAGAUCUCCAGAAACAUCACAAACAACAUCUUCUUGGAAACAUUCAGAAUGUAGUCAACAGGAGGAGAUCGACCUCUAAGCCUGAAAUGCGUCAUGGUGACCAUUACAUGGAUAUGAUCGUUCUUUAUGUCGAUCACUUUCGGAGACGUUCUCAACAUGAACUUGUAGAGAGCGGAGUAAAACAUGAGAGCUAUCUGCAUAAGAAUGUCCAGCAUUGUGUGAAUGAAUUCAUCUCCAUUGAUCGGCUCUUCCGAUGGUCGCAGCGCUUCAAGUGUGUUCCGCAUUCGGUGAUGAUAACCGGAGCAACGGGAGUAGGGAAGACCACCCUAAUAAAGAAAUUAGUCUAUGACUGGGCGCACGGAAAAAUCUAUCAAAGGUUUUCUUUUGUCUUUUUCUUCAGAUUUCGAGAACUGAACCGAUUGGAUAAGGUCAGCUUGGAGACAAUGAUCCUUCAGCUCCACCCACAUCUCCAGAGCCAUCUUACAAACAUCUUACAGUCCCCAGAGAAAAUUCUGUUUAUAUUUGAAGGAUUAGAUGAAAGUGUCCACCAAAUGAAUUUUAGGUCUCACCAGCUCUGCACUGAUAUGAGCCAAGUAGAAGACGUUGGUUUGAUUGUGGUCAGUUUGGUGAGACAGUCUCUCCUGAAGGGGUGCUUCGUGAUCCUGACCAGCAAAACGGCGCGAGUGACUCGGAGAGACGCCCCCGCUUUCAUGCGCAUAGCUGAAAUGACAGGACUCAGCCCUAAAGACAAAGAAAUGUUCUUUCAGAAUUAUUUUAAAGAGAAGACGUUGUCCGACCAAGUGUUAAGUUAUGUGAAAAACAACGGGGCCAUAUACAACUUCUGCUAUAACCCAGCGUUCUGCCGCAUAGUCUGUGAGGUAUUGUCGGUGCAUUGUAAAGACCAACCAAUGGAUGAUCACAACUUGCCGAAAACGGUGACACAGUUAAUGGCGGGUUUUGUUGGCAAAAUUCUGUCUGGUCAGAAGCAGAAUAAAAUUAACUUUCGCAAACUGUUGGCAUCUCUUGGGUGGAUGGCGGAACAUGGUCUUUCCAAUAAUAUUCGUGAUUUCGAGGAGAACGUUCUGGACAAGUUUAAAGUAGAUGCCACCUCCGAUCUCCUGCAGUAUUUUAUGCUAAAAAGUGGUAAUCCUCCAAAUGUCACCUUUUCCUUCUUACACCUUUUCCUCUCCGAAUUUUUAGCUGCUUUAGUCCAUUAUACUCAAUAUUCUGCCGAGAAACUGAAUAAAUUACUGGAGAACGCCAAUUCAUCUAAAGAUUGCCAUGAUGAGAUAUUUCUCUGUUUCCUCUGUGGUCUUGCGGACCAAGCCACGAGGGAUACUCUGAAACCUUAUUUGGGAGACUUGUCCUCGAGAGCCAUCGUACGCGCAGUCAAGUGUGUGUCUACAUGGCUGGUCCAACAAUCCAGUAAGGAGGCUCAGAAACUGGAAGAACUUCAGUAUGACAAGAGGAAAUGCCUCACCAUGUUUUACUACCUCUUCGAAACUCAGAAUAAAAAUUUAGUCAAGGAGGCUCUUGGGUCAUGUAAAAGACUGACGCUGAAAUCUGUCCUCCUCACUCGUCUGGACUGCGCCGUGUUGUCUUUUGUCCUUGAAUCAUGCAAAGAGAUCGAAGAGCUUGACCUGGACGACUGUACGCUUCACACUGACUGCUUGGGGCAAUUCACUGCACAUCUGCAUAAUCUGAAAGACAUUAGACUUUUGGGUGUUAAGAUGGGAAAUGAUGGGAUUCAAUCUGUUUGUCCUGCAUUAUUACAUCCGGAGAGCAAAGUUCAGAGUCUGUGGUUGGGUUGGAAUAAACUGACCGACGUUUCGUGUCUUUAUUUGUCAUUAGCAAUAAGGAAUAACCGGUCCCUGAAGAUCCUGGACCUGUCUAAUAACGCUCUGUACGGUCCUCACUUCAGUGACCUGAUGGACGCUCUGUCCGCUCCAGCCUGCAGGAUAGAGGAAUUACUUUUGGAUUCUGCCGGAUUGACGGACAUUUCCUGCAUCCAGUUGGCAUCUGGGAUAAAGAAUAACAGAUCCUUGAGGAAACUUCACCUUUCCAGAAACGUCCUUAUUGGUCCUCACUUCGGUGCCUUGGUGGCCGCUCUGUCCAGUCCGACCUGCGGGAUAGAGGAAUUAGAGCUCUGUAGCAUUGAACUUACAGAUGAACAUGUUCCAUUACUGGAUCCACUAAGUAAUAACACCCACCUCACCCAUCUGGACCUAAGCAGCAAUUUAUUGACUGAUGCAGGUGCCGGUCACAUCAAAGAACUUAUCCUGAAGUCAUCCAGUCUGAAAGAGUUCAGCCUCUGUUUUAAUCAUAGAAUGACCCCUGAAACGCGACAAAGCCUAAGGGACCUGAAAGUCCACAAACCAGACCUCUUUGUCUUUAUCGAUGGAUGACGGAUGGAUUUUCAGAUACUGCAUGAAAAAAAAAAAGACAAAAUGGAACUCAAAUCCCAGAGUUUCUACAACAGCUGUAUGUGAACCGACCCCGAGAGGAGGACGAGGCUUCCCUAAUAUUCAUGGCUAAUAUCAGUCCUCGACACUGGACCAGGUUAGACUGUGGUUAGUGCUAAACAAUGCACCACGUUGGGUCGAUAUAGGAAACUAUCUACACCCUCAUUAUUGUUAGCGAGUUGUUGGCGCCCAAUGACCUCCAGUCCUUACUUGACCAUAAUGGCGGUGUUUGGUUUACAUAAACAACCACUUUACACUAAAAUCUUCCACUGGUAAUACGACGUACAAUACCUGACCUCAAUCACGUAAAAAUACCAUUACAGUGGUUCCUCAACUUACAAUGGCCUCAGGUGUCAAUAUUUUGGUGUUACCUUGAAACCAGACCCAACAUACAAUGUACAGACAGUCCAGAUCUGUGACACUUGUGAUUGGUCGGAAGAACCGACCAAUCAGAAUGGGCAUUCACUGGUAAAACACCUGUAUUACUGAAGCGUAUGCACUGACUGGUGUCUGGUGUCCCCUAGGGAUGGUACUUCUAUAAUAAAGUUUUUUUUUUUUGGCUUUAUGCCCAUAAUCUGUGGUUAUUAUUUAUGUUUUGACCCUUUAAAGAGGUACUUGGGUGCUGAGCGUUCGGGACAAAAUGUUCUGAACGCUUAGAGCCGGCAAGGGGGCUCGUGAUGUCACCGCCUUGCCCCCUCGUGAUGUCACGCCCCACCC